AUGCAAAUAGCUUCAAAUGACUGGCGUCUGUACUGUGUGCGAAGUGAGGUGUCUGUAGAGGGCCAUCUGCUGGAAGUGGCUUGUCACUGCAGCAGUCUGCGAUCACGCACAUCAAUAGUCCUUCUGAACAUCAACAAAGCCCUCAUCUACCUGUGGCACGGCUGCAAAACUCAAACCCACACACGGCAUGUCGCUCGAACCGCCGCAGAGAAGAUAAAAGAACAACGGCCACUGGAGGCGGGACUUCACAGCAGCUGCAAUGUGACCAUUCAUGAAUGUGAGGAAGGUGGCGAGCCAGUGGAAUUCUGGGAAGCGUUAGGCAGGAAGGACCGCAAGGCCUACGACUGCAUGCUUCAAGACCCUGGCAAGUUUAACUUCACCCCACGUCUGUUCGUUAAGCCAGUUUUUACUACUGUAUAUUAA